AUGACUGCUGGUUCUGCUGCCCCUGUUGAUUAUGCUUCCUUAAAGAAGAACUUCCAACCAUUUCUUUCCAGAAGAGUGGAAAAUAGGUCUCUGAAAAGCUUUUGGGAUGCUUCUGAUCUUUCCAAUGACGUCAUUGAGCUAGCUGGUGGAAUGCCAAAUGAGAAAUUUUUCCCUAUCGAAUCUAUGGACCUAAAAAUAUCAAAAGUUCCUUUUAAUGAUAAUCCAAAAUGGCACGAUUCAUUUACCAUGGCGCAUUUGGAUUUGGGGUCACCCAGUGAGCUACCCAUUGCACGUUCUUUUCAAUACGCAGAAACCAAGGGUUUACCGCCGCUGUUGCAUUUUGUUAAGGACAUGGUGUCCAGGAUUAAUCGUCCGGCCUUUUCAGAUGAGACAGAGUCUAACUGGGAUGUCAUCCUUUCUGGAGGGUCCAACGACUCAAUGUUUAAGGUUUUUGAAACGAUUUGCGACGAAUCGACCACCGUGAUGAUUGAAGAGUUUACUUUCACUCCGGCCAUGUCCAAUGUGGAGGCUACAGGAGCAAAAGUCAUCCCCAUCAAGAUGAACCUGACCUUCGACAGGGAAUCUCAGGGUAUUGAUGUCGAAUAUCUAACCCAGUUACUCGACAAUUGGUCUACUGGCCCUUACAAGCAUUUAAACAAGCCAAAAGUCCUAUACACCAUCGCCACGGGCCAAAAUCCUACCGGGAUGUCUGUUCCUCAGUGGAAAAGAGAGAAAAUUUAUCAAUUGGCCCAGAGACACGAUUUUCUCAUUGUUGAAGAUGAUCCCUAUGGUUAUUUGUAUUUCCCAUCCUAUAAUCCGCAGGAGCCCUUGGAAAACCCUUACAAUUCCAGCGACCUGACCACCGAACGGUAUUUGAAUGAUUUCUUAAUGAAAUCAUUUCUAACUUUGGAUACCGAUGCCCGUGUCAUCCGUUUGGAGACUUUUUCAAAAAUAUUUGCUCCCGGAUUAAGGUUGUCCUUUAUCGUUGCUAAUAAAUUCCUUUUGCAAAAAAUCUUGGAUUUGGCCGAUAUUACUACAAGGGCCCCCAGUGGUACUUCACAAGCUAUUGUUUAUUCUACAAUAAAGGCAAUGGCCGAGUCCAACAUGCUCUCCUCUCUUUCAAUGAAAGACGCAAUGUUUGAAAGUUGGAUAAGAUGGAUCAUGCAGAUCGCUUCUAAAUACAAUCAUAGGAAAAAUAUCACUUUGAAAGCUUUAUACGAAACAGAAUCUUACCAAGCUGGGCAAUUUACCGUUAUGGAACCCUCCGCAGGUAUGUUCAUCAUUAUUAAAAUUAAUUGGGGGAAUUUUGAUAGACCAGACGAUUUACCGCAACAAAUGGACAUACUAGAUAAGUUUUUGAUAGAAAAUGGGGUCAAACUAGUGCUUGGUUAUAAAAUGGCUGUUUGCCAAAAUUAUUCAAAGCAAAAUUCAGAUUUUCUAAGGCUCACUAUUGCCUAUGCAAAAGAUGACGAUCAGUUGAUUGAGGCUUCCAAAAGAAUCGGUAACGGUAUAAAAGAAUUUUUUGAAAACUAUAGAAGCUAA